GCCCAUCCUAUCGUCAGUGACCAGUGUGAACGCGCGUGUCGAACAAUUCGUUAGCGCGCGAUUUUCCAAAGAUUUAAAAAUGUUUUAUUUUUUCGUCGCUUUGUUAGUGGCCAGUGCACAGGCUAAGUUUUAUUCGGAUUGUGGUUCGACGGCUACUAUCCAUGAUGUGGGCGUCAGUGGCUGUUCUAUAGAUGCAAAGACCUGCAUUCUGAAGAGGAAUACCAAUGCCACAAUCAGCAUUGACUUUACCCCUUCUAAAGCGGUUACUUCGAUUGAGACAGUAGUACAUGGGAUCAUCAUGAAUUUGCCGGUUCCAUUCCCGAUUUCACAGCCUGACGCUUGUAAGGGCAACGGUCUGACUUGCCCGCUUAAGGCGGGCGAAAAGCAAGCAUACAAAACAACAUUGACAGUACUCAAAGCGUACCCACAAGUUACCGUUGAAGUGAAAUGGGAACUGAAGACUGAUGCUGGAGAGGACUUAGUCUGCGUUAUGAUACCUGCACAGAUAAAAUAGAAAGUCUAACAACAGAUAUAAAGAUAUAAAUAAUACAAUAUUUUGUGAUAAUUAUUUUUAGAACGUAAGAAGAAUAAUGAUUAAUUAUGUGUCUAUGAAUGUGAUGAUUUCAAUAAGUAUAUUAUAUUGUGGGCAUUAACGGAAAAUACAUUUGAUAAGCAUCUUAGAAUAAAAGCACGGUAUUAGCAGUGCCGUGUCAGUAAACUGAACACAUGAAAACGGGAAUAAAAUUACUUAAUUUUGCUCUGAAUUUUUAAGCAACUUUCAUUGAAGAAAACAAUUUGCCUCAAAGUUUUAUCAGGCGUAUUUUUAUGAAUGUUUUGUUAGAUUGCUUAAUAUUCAAUGCAAUAACUAUUUGCUUUAUAUAAUAAAGUUUGUUUUGGCAUUUUAGAAAUUUGUGAUUAUUUAGUUACCUAGUUCUGAGACGAUUUUCAUUUUUGUCUUGCCGUGUCCAAAGUCGUAAUAUAGGCUUUUAAAUAAAUAUUUGUAAUUAUUAAGUAUAUACAUUUAGAUCCUCUACUGUCUACAUAACUCAAACGAACUCGUUUUUUGAAAAUAUAUAUAUAUAUAUUUUUUAUUUUAAGGGAAAAAAAUCUGUUGACUAGCUUUGAAGUCUCGUCACACCUAUAUGGUACGAUACGAAUAUGGUGGUAUCUAUACGAAGUAGAAACAUUUCUGCGCAAGCGACCUGGUGUUGCACCUCUGACUCCGACUGACGUGACUGCUCGUUUGCCCUU